AUGACAACUUCGACCACCACUCCGACACCGUCUACCACAACAGAAACUACAACUACCAUUCAAGUAACCCCAGGGAAGAACCUAACCUGUCUUUUUGUUGGAGACUUGUACAAUUUCGGGAAAAAUCAAUCGGCAUAUGAGCAGGAGAAAUACUUCAUCGGUAACACCACCAAAAUUAUUUUCGAAUGGUCUGCAAAAGGAAUGUUCAAAGCAGGGUUAGCACUGUAUGGAUACGCUGAGAAAGACUUUCCUGGCCCUGGAAUGGACUGCAGAGACUCAUUUAAGGGAUUUAGCGGUGCUUUACGGAGAAUGAAAGUCACUACAAAAGGAAAUGGAAUGAACACGAAAAAGGCAAUAACUUCAAUCAACAACUACGGAAAAUACAAGACGACGAAAAGGAAUGUCAACUGCGUGGUCUUUCUUUCUGCACAGCAUGACACUUCUGACUUACCUGUGCUGAAACCACGGAAAAUGGAUAGUGAUGCUACAAUUGUAGCUGUUGGCUUCAACUCGACCAACUUGGAAAAGAUUGUUGAUCAAAAAGGAAGAGCAGUCAAAGUUCCUUUUGCAUUUACAUCAGAAGACGUUCAGAAUGUCGUUAGAGCCGUACUUUUUCAAUAG